AUGCGGUACACGUACCAUAUACCCGCCGCGCUCCUCGCGCUGCCGUCCCUCGUGGCCGCCAGCUUCUCGUGCCAGGCCACCCCGGGUGGCAACGUCAAGUUCGACUUUAGCCCGCUCAAGGGCGCGCACUCGAUCACGAUGGGCCCGAAGGACGACUAUCCGUUUGUGAGGAACAUUACGUGGACGAUAAACCCGUGUGGGCCGAUAGGCAAGGAGAAGCACAUCCCCGCGAAGGAGCAGUGUCCCGCGGGCACCCAAGUGUGCGGCAUCGAGCGCAUAGGCCAGGAGGGCGACGAGACACCGCUGGUGGCCGUGAUUCCCAUAGCGGGCGACAUCGAGGGCCGGCACACGGACGAGGUUGUGGAGCGCCUCAAGACCUCGACGGCCCCGACGGACCAGGGCAAGGAGGGGCUGCGCGUGGUGCUCCAUGGCGGCCUGUAUAACAAUGCGAAGCAGCAGGCGAUCGUGGACUUUAUCUGUGAUCCCGACAAGACGGGGCUUGAGGGCGACGAGCCGGACGAGACGGAGCCGGAGGAGGCCGGGAAGACGGAGGGCGUGGCUAGGAGGUCGCCGGAAGAGGAUAAGGGCGGAGAUAAGGAGAAGAAGGACCGUAGUCUGAAGUAUGUCAGUUAUGAGAGUGUGGAGGGGAAGCAUACGUUGAGGCUUGAGUGGAAGACUAAGUAUGCCUGUGAGACUGCGACUGGGGGUGAUGGAUCUCCGGACUCGGGGAGCGGGUGGGGCUUCUUCACGUGGUUUAUCAUCAUUUUGUUCCUUGGUAUCGCUGCGUAUCUCAUCUUUGGUUCAUGGCUGAACUACAACCGGUACGGUGCAAGAGGCUGGGACCUCCUCCCGCACGGCGACACAAUCAGAGACGUCCCAUACCUCCUCAAAGAAUGGUGCCGGAGAGUCAUCGGCACACUACAAAGAGGCGGUGGCCGAGGCGGUUACAGCGCCGUGUAG